CUCUCUCAUUUCCCUAACCUGCGCAGCAACAAUGGCGUUUAGGGUGGCGAUGCAGAGCAGCGUAUUGGGGAACAUGGGGUGCAAACUAGGGUUCAGAAGGUGGACUCACGCCAUCAUCUCCCAAUCUGCGCCGCUUGAUUCUGCGAUCAACAACCCUACGACUGUAUCACCGCCGUUGGUUUUGCCCGAAUCUCACCGGGACUCUUGGAACAACAACACUGAAUUCGAGUUCCCGAGCUUCUCUUUCGGUGGUGGAUCGUUGGAGGUCAUGGCUGUCCCCAAGAGGAAGGUUUCUCCCCACAGAAAAGGCAUAAGAAAUGGACCAAAGGCUCUCAAACCUAUUCCAGUCAUCGUCAGAUGCAAGGGUUGUGGUCGGGUCAAGCUGCCACACUUCUUCUGUUGCAGUGGGGAUAGAGGAAACACAGGAGGACAGAAUGCUUCAACGAGGUGAUCCAGUUCAUUGCUAAAUGGCUGGCCGAUAUAUUUCCAACAUCGCACAAAAGAUGCAGGUUUCAUGACCUCUUUUGUAGAAUUCAAAUGGCAGUGUUGGUGGGAAAUGUAGAUUUUAAAAAAAAAAAAAUUUGGGCGUGGAAGCUCAUUUUUAUUAUUAAGUUCUCUGCUUAAGUGGUUUUCAAUUGUGACGCUGAGUGCUGAAACAGAAGGAUUUUAACUUUAAACAGGUUAUGGAUAUAGUUUGGGAAUGAAGCUCCAACCUAUACUUUAGGAGCUAAAUGCAGCCCUCCCCUUCUUUCUUUUUUCUUUUCUCUGGUGAGAAAAAUGUCCGAACUUUCUUAGUACCAA